AUAGAAUAUAAGAAUAUCCACUUUGUAAUGUCAAAAAAUAGUUGCCGUGCUUAGAAACGGGGAAUAUUGUUCACAUGAAGUUGUAAUGUCUGAAUAGAUGAAUCAGUGGACUAAAGUUAUUUUGAAUCAGUGCGUUAUUUUGAAAAGGUCACCUCACGUUAUUUUGAAGCAGUUAUCUCACGUUAUUUUGAAGAAGUGAACUUACGGUGUUAUAAAACAGUCAAGCUAUGCUAUUUUGAGGAAAUUGAGUACGAGUAAAAGGUAUGGACCAAAACUUCACAAGUGUUAUGAUGGUGAUAAUGUCACUGAUGUCAAUCGUCAUUGUCGUCAUCAACGUGACAUGUAUAUAUGUCAUUUUGGCAUCCACUCUCUUACGUCACAAAACUACUACCAUUUUGAUCGUUAGUUUAUUAUUUUUCCACCUCCUGCAAGGUUUGUUCGUCAUCCCGUUUUACACCGCCAAAAAAUCCAGCAUUUCAAACGAAACAGCCAAAAAAAUCAUCUGCGAUGGAUUUCGAUUCUCCUACAUGGUGACAUUUUACGGAGUAUGCGUGAAUGUGUUGCUAAUUAGUGUUGAUCGUUUUUUAGCAGUGAAACUUUUGACGUCUUACAAGUUGAUAGUGACGGAUCGACGUGUAAAAGCCGUAACUCUCGCCGUAUGGCUGUACAUGUUCCUUGUGUGCUUGAUACCUUUUAUCGAUAUACAACGAACCGAAUCGAACAAAACGACAGCGUGCAACUACAAUCAACCUCGAGAGUGGACAAUUUUUAUGUUGCUAUGCAACACAAUGCUAAGCUACAUCGUAAUUUCAUAUUGCUAUAGUUAUAUAUACGUCAAACUGAGUGUGUCUGAGAAUAAGACUCGUUCCAGUAGUAGCGAACCAAUGACAAAUCAACCAGAACAAAUUGAAAGACUCAGAGAUAGUGUUUACAGUGAAGAUGGAAGUCAGAGGGAUGACAGCUGUCGUAAAAUCAUCAAGCUGACAUUCAUUAUUGUCAUCGUGUAUGGCGUGACAUGGACACCGUCAAUUAUUUAUUACCUGCUCGUCAGCAUAUCGCCCUUUCUCUUCUCCCAAGACUAUUAUAACUCUACUACUGAAAGUUACGUUACAUUCUUUGUAAAGUUUGUGUCCUUUUUCGAUGCGAUUGGUGCGCCUGUUAUAUAUUGUUACUUCCAUACAGACUUUCGUCAUGAGUUUUUGACAGUCUGGGAGAAGUGUGUGGCAUGGUUCUCAGCACGGUCCAAUGAAGAGAAUGGAUUUGUUCAUGAGAAAACGCACCCUAGUAAAUGUCUCCCUGAUGUCUGAAUUUGUGUAAACACGAAGUUAGUAAUCUGUAUUUUUUAAAUAAUUCAUGAUGUAAUAAAAUAAAAAU